GACCUCUCGUUGCUAUUCUUCUUUGCUAUAGUUAACAGUUAGUCUGUUUUAUAUGUAUGUCCCAUUUUUUUAUUUUUACUUUCAUUAAACUCUGCCAUGUUAGCACGCCGCAGCUGAAUUAAUAUACAAUACCGCCCACGGCAGUACACAGAAUACGUUACCCUCAUAAAAAAGCAAGCACGCCGAAGAUGUUAUCUUUCUAAGAUACGCCCAGCUAGUCUGUCCUUUCCGUAUAGCCACUGGAUACCAGGAUUUGUUUAAUGUGUACAUUUAAAAAAAAAAGCGCGAGCGGUUUAUUCAAAUCUGGAGCAGGGAACAUUGCAGAAUGGGUGUUGCGCUGUACUGCUAUGUAUAAUGAACAGAAAAUUCAGAAACACAGAAGCACAUGUUUGGAAAAGGAAUGUUGCUCUAAAGACCUUAAUGAUCUACCAGGUUUUAGUAUUACCCUUGUUUGGUCAAUGUGAAGGAGGGACGAUACUGGCUGCUGCUGGAAGCAUCACUAACGCUUCAGUAGGAGAUGGUAUCAUUUUCCCUGUUACAGCUGAGGGAAAUGUGACAUAUGAGCUUAGCCUGUUAUUUCAGUCAAAUAGAAAAAUUGUAACAUGGUUCUCAAGUAAUCCAUUGAAUCCAACAAUUUUCCAGUUAAUGUUUGUAGACAGAAUACGAGUGGAUGAAACUGGUUCAGUAUUUCUGGAUAAUGUACAGCUCUCAGACAGUGGACAGUAUGACAUGCAGAUCAGUUAUGUGAGACACACAAUGACAACAAUGACAAGACGGUUUCAACUGCAUGUCUUUGAACCCGUUUCAAAGCCCAAUGUGACCGCGGUUUGCUUCGUGAACAACAUCACAAUGACCUGUUCUACCAGCCAGGGGACCCACGUGUCCUACCGAUGGGAAAAGGUGCCUGCCUGUAGUAAUGAGAGCUGUGUCAGUGCUGGGGCAGAGAAGGUGGUGGACAGGCUGUAUGGAUCUACUGAUGAGUACAAAUGCAUUGCUGAGAACCCAGUCAGUACAGCAACAAGCGAUCCGCUGGGAACACAAGCAUGUAAUAAAAACCCUCAGGAAGGAUUCAGGCACUGGUGGGUUCCUAUAACAUGUGUCAUUUUUUUUGGUAUAUUACUAACUGGAUACUCAGUUUACCUCUACAAGAAGACAAAGAGAAGUAACAAAGAAAACACUGAUCUGCAGUUAAAAACAGAAGAAAGGUCUGCUGAGCUUACUGAACCAGUAUAUGUAACCAAAGACAGGUCUGAUUUUGUUAUUGAACCAGUAUAUGUAACCGAAGACAGGUCUGAUUUUGUUAUUGAACCAGUAUAUGUAACCGAAGACAGGUCUGAUUAUGUUAUUGAACCAGUAUAUGUAACAGAAGACAGGUCUGUACAGGACGAAUCAACACCAAGAGAGACCAGAAUACGCAAAAAUGACUAAAACCUUUUUCAUGCAACAAACUUUACAUAGAUAUAAGCCAGAGGUCUGUGCGUAAAUCCCAGAUGGUCGCAUAAAUAUCAACCAAAUUAUGCAACUUCAGCUAUGUCCUCUACAAAAUCAUUGAUCUCUUCCUCAGCACAACAUAACGGUUAUAAACAUCCUUGUUGCCUUUUAUUAUCAAUAAGGUUCAUAGCAAUAUGCCACUGACUGAAUACCUCUACCUUUAAAAAGGUUUGCCAUGUUAUUUUUGCAGUUUUCGCAUGUGUUUCCCAUGGUUAUAGUAUGCAUUUACCCAGGUUUGCCAUGUUUACUAAUAGGCUUAAUCAUACUUUGCUAUUAUUUGCAAUGUUUACUUAUGCUUUAUAAUAUUGUAUUAUACUUUGCUAUGCUUUUAUAUGGUAAAUCUUUAUAAGGGUAGAGCAUACCUCUUGUCAGCUCCUAUCAAUUAGAAAACAAAUAACAAGAAUAAGUACAUCCAUUUUAUUCUACAUUUAAGUCUGUGAAUUGAUAUUUUUAAUGUUCCUAACUUCAUGUUCAAACUAUGUUUGCAUAUAGGUUUCAGGCACUAAACUAUGGUAUGCAUCGUUGGUUUUGGAUUCUCAGUUUAACUGUAUUAGAAGACAAGGAAAAGUAAUGGACCAAAUAUUGGUAUCUUGCAUUUCGCAUAUUUUUUUAAUUGUUCAGUGGGUAUGAUAUUGGUGUUGAGAAGGGCACAUAACUCUGUUUAGCAGCACACCUGCAGUACAGUGCAUUAUAAGUAACAAUUUAUGCUUGUUUAAGUUUCCCCGAUAAUUAAUUUUGUUAUUUAAAAAGUGAAUAUAAACAACAAGAAAACAUUUGUUUAAGAUAACAUAUAUUUUAGACCUGCAGUUGCUUUUUAAUGACUUAUUUGGUUUGGUAAUUUGUUCCAUACUAGUUUGGUGUAAAGUUCAGUGGAGCAAAAUCUUAACUAACCCCCACAGAGAAGUAACACAUGCGAGUCAUAGAGAUACCAUUUUAAUGCCAGCUAGUUUUCUUUAGGUUUAACUAAUUAUGUUUUACCAGAACUGUAGCCACAAAGUAAAGAACUGAAGAAACAGUGACAUCGAGUGGAGAAAAAAAAAAACAUUCACUUUUACAUUCUCCCUUUCUUUUGGGUAGAUGUAAGGGUACGAGCAUUGAUUUGCAGGUGCAAAAUCCCCAUAAUGUGGGCGACAUAUAUUUUUUUGGUUCGUAUUUUCGUGUUCCUCAAAUGUCAUACAGCGCCUACUGCUCUCUGUACUCCUAACUCCACACCUCUGGGCUAUAAAUGCAGAUACUAAAUUGCGCUCAUUGAGGCCCUUAUUAUCAUAACUGCUGAUCAUUAUUUGUGCUUGUUGAGUAAUUUGCUUUGCUUUUAAGCUUAUGUAGGGCAAUGUGCAAAAUAAUUGCCUGGCCACAAUGCAAUUU